AUGUAUGGUAUCUACAAACAUAGAAUAGAGAGAGAUGUUUUACCAAAACAUCUUAUAAAUAUGUAUUUUCCACUUGAUCAACCAUUGGAUAUUGGAGUAUUACCACAAUCUCUUCAACAUUUAUAUCUUCACUCUUAUAAACAUAUAAUUAGCAUUGGUGUUCUUCCAUCUUCACUCAAGUGUAUAACUAUUUAUGGUCCUACUCCAACAAAUACCGAUAUUGGAAUAACUUUACCAAAAUCAAUUUCAUCACUCAUUAUUGGUGGAAUACAAAAAGACUCGGUGAAUCAAAGAAAAUUAGCUUUAAAUCUAAACAUUCUUGAAAUAAAUUUUAAUGAUGAUUAUGGACACCCUCAAACAAUAACAACAUUUCAAUUGACAAAUUCUCAAGAUUCACUUUCAUUUAUCAAAGAAUUCUAUCCAGAAUAUUAUUCAACACACAAUUUAUCGAAGAUCAGUGAUUACAUUGUCGAUUCUCAAAGCAAUCAAAUCAAAGGAGAAUACAUCAUUGCUCUACUUUUACAUAACAGUAAUAACAUUUUAUAA